AUGAAUCGAACUGACUUUGACCUUUCUAUCUAUCUUGUCACCAAUGCGGAGAUGGUCCCUGAGGGAUUGUCUUUCUUGGACCAAGUCAGGAAGGCCAUCGAUAACGGUGUCACCACUAUCCAAUUGAGAGAAAAGAACAUCGAGACCAGAGAUUUUAUCGAAAGAGCCAGCCAGGUCCACGAAUUGACCAAAGCAGCAGGUAUUCCUUUGAUCAUCAAUGACAGAGUUGACGUAGCUCUUGCUGUGGAUGCCGAGGGAGUCCAUGUUGGUCAAACAGAUAUGCCAGUUCCUCUGGUUCGUAAACUGGUUGGGGAGGAUAAGAUCAUAGGUGUAUCUACCGGAAAAGUCGAGGAGGCCCGUCAAGCAAUUAAGGAUGGUGCUGACUACGUGGGGAUUGGGAUCGUAUACGACACCAAGACCAAAGAUCAUAAGAAGAUCCCCUUUGGCACUUUGGGUAUUAGAGAGAUUUUGACGGUGUUGCUCAACGAAGGUGGCGCUGGUAUCAAGACUUGUGCCAUUGGAGGAGUGAACCAGACGAACGUGCAAAAGGUUUUGUAUCAAGGCUCUAUACCUGGCAAAAAACUGGACGGUGUUGCUAUUGUUUCCUGUAUCAUGGCUCAAGAAGAUGCCGCAGAAGCUACCAGAGUCCUAGUGGAGAAAUUCCACAGCCACGCUCCGUGGUUGAGCGAUGAUCACAGAGCUGACAAUGAUUUCUUCAACAAUGUGACAGAGAAAGCAAAGAAGGUUGCUGACACUAAUCCAAUGAUUCAUCAUAUCACCAAUGCGGUUGUGAAAAAUUUCAGUGCCAAUGUGACUUUGGCAGUAGGAGCGUCUCCCAUUAUGUCAGAAUCUUAUCAAGAGUUUGAAGAGUUUGCUAGACUUCCAACCACCGGGCUGGUGCUCAACACUGGAACCCAGAGUGCUGAAAACUUUGUACAGAUGGUCAUAGCUGCUGCAAAAGCCUACAACGCUACGGGAAACCCCAUUGUAUUUGAUCCUGUGGGAUGCGGAGCUUCUGAAAUGCGUAAGCACAGAACCAGACUGUUUUUGGAUGCAGGGUAUUACACAGUUAUCAAGGGAAACGUUUCAGAGAUUCUCACAGUUGCUGGUGAAGCGAACCAGAUGAGAGGAGUUGACACAGGAGACCUCAGUAACUUGACAGAGGAGGCUAUCGUGGCAGCAGCCAAGAGAGCUGCGCUAAACAACCGUUGCAUUGUUGUGGUUACGGGUGCCGUCGAUUAUAUUGUAGAUGGAAUCUUGGACGGGGCCAACUAUUACGAGUCGCAGCCCACUCAAAGGGUUUUCAAGGUUCAAGGGGGAAGUUCCAUCAUGGGAGACGUCACAGGAACCGGAUGUUCUCUGGGAUCAGCCAUUGCAGCUUACAUCACUACAUUCCCCGCAACUCCUUUGGAAGCUACGAUUGCAGCUGUCCACCAUUAUAAAUACGUUGGAGCUGUGGCUGCACGUCGUUCCACUACGCCAAACGGAAUCAGCGAUUCUGGUCCCAGACCGGGAUCAUUCAUGAGCAACUUUUUGGACGAUCUGUACGGGUUUAGGACCCAAGAGUCCAAAGUUGGACAUAAGAUCCUGCUUGGACCCAACCCUGAUAAGACGUUCUACACGAAACUCGAGUCUUCCGAGAAUGGCCGCUAUCCAGCUGAAGUUGAAGAGAUCUUUAUUUAG